AGUAUCUACUUCGAGUAACACUGAUCUACCCAAAUGAUUAACACAUAUUGCAAAUUCAUAAGCGUAUCAAUUGUAAAUUUCUGGAAGGAGGGAGGACGGAAAGUAAACCAGCCAUAGUAUAAAAGUUGUAUGAUGAUACUGUACCAUCAACAGUCAUUGUUAACACAACAGAUAUGAAGCUUCAAGGUCUAGCAGUACUGCUAUUAGCAGGUUUGGUUUUGGCCGAAAAGAAGGAAGAAACUAAAUCAGCUGAAUCUUCCGACAAGAAACAAAACAAAAGAGGUCUCUUCGACUUGGGUUACGGUGGUGGACAUGGAUUCGAUCUUGGAGGAAGUCAUGGUAUUGAAUUAGGCGGACAUGGAUUGGACUUGGGAAGCAGCUAUGGAGGAGGAAGCAGCUUUGGAGGAGGAAGCAGCUAUGGAGGAGGAAGCGACUUCCACGGUGACAUCAAACAUGUUACUACUAUCACCAAAAAAGUCCCUUAUCCAGUACCACACCCUGUGCCUUACACCGUAGAAAAGAAAGUUCCAGUACCAUACACAGUUAAAGUGCCUGUACCAGUAGAUCGUCCAUACCCAGUGCAUGUUCCUAAGCCAUACCCAGUCACUGUACACAAGCCAGUACCUUACACUGUAGAAAAGCCAGUACCAUACCCAGUCAAGGUUGAGGUCAAAGUUCCGGUCAAAGUACCCUAUCCAGUCUCCGUACCAAAACCAUACCCAGUAACAGUAAAUCAACCAUACCCAGUACAUGUUAAAGUUCCAGUCGUAGUUGAGAAGAAGGUUCCAAUCUACGUCAAAGGUCACGGAAGCUUCGAUGAACACUACGGUGGAAGUUACGGUCACGGUGGUUUCGACUUUGGAAGCUUCCAUCAUGGUCUAGCAGUACUGCUAUUGGCAGGUUUGGUUUUGGCCGAAAAGAAGGAAGAAACUAAAUCAGUGGAAUCUUCUGACAAGAAACAAAACAAAAGAGGUCUCUUCGACUUGGGUUACGGUGGUGGACAUGGGUUCGAUCUUGGAGGAAGUCAUGGUAUUGAAUUGGGUGGACAUGGAUUGGACUUGGGAAGCAGCUAUGGAGGAGGAAGCAGCUAUGGAGGAGGAAGCGACUUCCACGGUGACAUCAAACAUGUUACUACUAUCACCAAAAAAGUCCCUUAUCCAGUACCACACCCUGUGCCUUACACCGUAGAAAAGAAAGUUCCAGUACCAUACACAGUGAAAGUGCCUGUACCAGUAGAUCGUCCAUACCCAGUUCAUGUUCCUAAGCCAUAUCCAGUCACUGUACACAAGCCAGUACCUUACACUGUAGAAAAACCAGUACCAUACCCAGUCAAGGUUGAGGUCAAGGUUCCGGUCAAAGUACCCUAUCCAGUCUCCGUACCAAAACCAUACCCAGUAACAGUAAAUCAACCAUACCCAGUACACGUUAAAGUUCCAGUCGUAGUUGAGAAGAAGGUUCCAAUCUACGUCAAAGGUCACGGAAGCUUCGAUGAACACUACGGUGGAAGUUACGGUCACGGUGGUUUCGACUUUGGAAGCUUCUUGUAUGAUGAUACUGUACCAUCAACAGUCAUUGUUAACACAACAGAUAUGAAGCUUCAAGGUCUAGCAGUACUGUUAUUAGCAGGUUUGGUUUUGGCCGAAAAGAAGGAAGACACUAAAUCAGCGGAAUCUUCUGACAAGAAACAAAACAAAAGAGGUCUCUUCGACUUGGGUUACGGUGGUGGACAUGGGUUCGAUCUUGGAGGAAGUCAUGGCAUUGAAUUGAGCGGACAUGGAUUGGACUUGGGAAGCAGCUAUGGAGGAGGAAGCAGCUAUGGAGGAGGAAGCGACUUCCACGGUGACAUCAAACAUGUGACUACUAUCACCAAAAAAGUCCCUUAUCCAGUACCACACCCUGUGCCUUACACCGUAGAAAAGAAAGUUCCAGUACCAUACACAGUGAAAGUGCCUGUACCAGUAGAUCGUCCAUACCCAGUGCAUGUUCCUAAGCCAUACCCAGUCACUGUACACAAGCCAGUACCUUACACUGUAGAAAAGCCAGUACCAUACCCAGUCAAGGUUGAGGUCAAGGUUCCGGUCAAAGUACCCUAUCCAGUCUCCGUACCAAAACCAUACCCAGUAACAGUAAAUCAACCAUACCCAGUACAUGUUAAAGUUCCAGUCGUAGUUGAGAAGAAGGUUCCAAUCUACGUCAAAGGUCACGGAAGCUUCGAUGAACACUACGGUGGAAGUUACGGUCACGGUGGUUUCGACUUUGGAAGCUUCCAUCAUUAAAAAAUGACUGAUAAUUUAGGAUCAUUUCCUACAACUGUUGAUAUUUUUUCUUUUUCUACAUGUCAUCUUCUUAUUUAUUAUUCACACAAUAAAUUAUUUUCUUAAAAUC